AUGAGGCAUCACGUUGAUGGUUUGGCGCAUCAAGGCGCGGCUCACGCAUUAUGUGCCACAUCAGAGGACGGGUACGCACUACCGUGUAUAAAUUCGGGCAGCAUGGCCUCAACUUGGGUUGGCGGCUUACCUCGUGCUAGCGGAAACCAUGGACGAUCGCAGUCCAAUCUGACUUCUGUUUACGGAAUGGAGGCACCAUCUCGUAAUAGAUCUAGCAUUACAACGUGGACAGGUCAUCCAAUCAACACGCACUGCACUGCUGCAAAAACGGCUGUACCUUUUUACCCUCCAGCACCAUUUACUUGCAACAGACAUUUUACACCAGGGCUUAACAAUCUUCCAUCUACAGUACUUGGUCGGUUAGAAGCAGAACAAUCCCCACGGGCACAGCUGCACUCAACCUCUUGGCAUGCUUUGCCCUCUUAUGUGAAUAUGCAUACAGUUUAUGGUGAUGCUGCACCGGGUGUGGGUAGCAUUCCACCAGUCAAUUCGGUUUUGACUAGUGCCCAAGAAGCACCAGCCAGGGUGCCUAAUAGCUACGACGCUCACCGACAGUGGCCACAGAUAUCUAUCGGUUAUACUCCUACCGCGCCAGCUGCGAUAUCUGAAAUGGGGUUAUCCUCUACGCAAAUAGCAUCAAGACAAGUCAUAAAUAAAGAUCUUCCGACGUUCUCCGGCAAGCCAGAAGAGUGGCCGCUUUUUAUCACCAGCUUCGAACAAUCAACUGAGCAGUGCGGUUUCACAGAUUCCGAGAAUCUUAUUCGGUUACAGCGAUGCUUGAAAGGGGUGGCACUAGAGGCAGUAAGGGGUAAAUUAAUGGCGCCUGCAACCGUAUGGCAGGCCAUUGAAACUUUACGUAUGCUAUAUGGGCGUCCAGACGUCAUAUGUCAUUCACUGCAACGCAAGCUACGUCAGGAGCCAUUGGUAAGGUAUGACAAGCUGGAAACCCUAAUUCAGUUUGCACUUGCGGUACAAAAUUACUGUUGUACUCUGAAAGCCAUUGGCCUCUCUUCUUAUUUGAAUGAUCCGAUGCUACUUUCUGAGCUACUUUGCAAAUUACCAAGCGACUUGAAAUUAGAGUGGGGUAGAUAUAGGGUUUCACUGCUCCAUGCUGACAUAAGUGAGUUCGACUAUUGGCUUUUCAAAUUGGCGACGUGCGCUAGUCAAGUCGUAUCUGUAAAUAGUUCCGGCGAUGACGUCAAAGUUAACAAUAAUCCAUUUAAGAAAAGGUUGCUCGUGCACGACGUAGUUCACACCAACAGUGCUACAAGCUCUCAACCUUAUUGCCUUCAGUGCAGUGGUGAUCAUCGACUCGAGAAAUGCAAACAGUUUUGCGAUUUGUCUACCAACGAUAGGUGGUGCUUUGUUCGCGACAAUAAGCUAUGCAUCAGAUGCUUCCGCAAACAUUUCCUGAAGAACUGCCCAUUGCAUAGCCGUUGUGGUAUUGAUGAUUGCACAAAGCCACACCAUGUUCUGCUCCAUUCAAAUCAUUCGGUCAAUCCAAACCAUAAAGCAGCUGUGAUGUUACAUAAGGAAGAGCUCGCGACAAAGACAUUGUUGCGUUACGUUCCAGUAGUACUCUAUGGAAAAUCCAAGUGCAUAAAGACGUAUGCGUUAAUAGACGAGGGAUCCACAUGUACUAUCUUGGAGAAACACAUUGCUGAAGAGCUUGGUUUGGAUGGCCCAUCAGAUGAGCUGUGUCUCAGGUGGACGGGUGAUAUAACACAGGUAGAGCCUAAAUCAAAAUGUGUUACCAUCGGGCUCUCUUCUACACAUGAAACGUCGCCUCGGUUUAAUCUUCGGAACAUACGCACAGUAGCUAAUCUUGAUCUUCCAAAGCAGUCGUUGUUACAAGAAGUACUCUCGUCGCACAGCCAUUUGCACAAUUUGCCUAUUGAACCGUAUGCUGGGGUGCGCGCUACACUGCUUCUUGGCGUCGACAAUGCAAAGCUCGGUGUCCCCCUCAAAGUAAAGGAAAUAGAAGGAGAUCAGCUCAUCGCAACUAAAUGUCGACUUGGUUGGUCAGUAUAUGGCCGUGGAGAGGAAGCUAAUGCCCUUUCGAAUAGGGUGAUGCACAUCUGCUCCUGUGUGUCAACUGAACGCAUGGAUGAAAUGUUAAAGGCUAAUUACGCGUUAGAGGCAGUUGGUAUUAGCAUGAAAGAUGAACCACUGAAAUCCAAAGCAGAUGAACGGGAUCUCGCCAUUAUGAAAUCGACUACAAAGUACUUGGAAAAUGAAAAGCGUUGGGAAACGGGUUUAUUGUGGAAAUUCGAUAAAAUCGAUUUACCAAAUUCGUAUUCCAUGGCAUUGCAACGCCUCAGUUGUUUGGAAAAACGCAUGACCCGGGACCCACUCUUACGGAAUUUUCUCAACAAACAAAUUCGUGAGUAUGAAGAUAAAGGAUAUAUUCGGAAAUUGACAAAAGAUGAGAUAUCUCAUGGGAAAAGAUCAUGGUUCAUUCCAAUUUUCACCGUAACGAAUAAAAAUAAAAACAAGACAAGGCUCGUUUGGGAUGCCGCUGCCACCGUCGACGGUAUCGCUCUCAACACCUAUUUAAUGAAAGGGCCCGACCUUCUGGCGUCUCUGGUUGGAAUACUUAUACGAUUUCGUGAGCGAGCUUUUGUAAUCACAGGAGACAUUCGCGAGAUGUUCCAUCAAAUUCGAGUGCGCAGCAAAGACCAAACCGCACAGCAGUUUUUGUGGCGACAUGGGAAUAGCUCUAGAGAUCCUGAUACUUACGUAAUGACGGUGAUGACUUUUGGUGCUGCUUGUUCUCCAUCAUUGGCAAAUUUCAUCAAAAACAAAAAUGCUUCGCGUUUCAUCAACGAAAACGCUAGUGCGGUUGGGGCAAUUCAUCGGAACAUGUACGUGGACGAUUGGCUGCAGAGCGUAGAUACGGAGAAAGAAUUGAUCGAUUUGGCGUUGCAAGUCAAGCAUAUACACGGUGAAGGUGGCUUCGAGAUGCGCAACUGGCUGUCAAACUCUACCAAUGCACUGCAUGCAAUUUCCAGGACGGCAAAGCAAUCGGGUAAGCUCCUCCAAGAUCCUUCUAUGACAUACGAAAAGGUUCUGGGCAUAUGGUGGCUGCCUUGGUCGGACGAGCUAACUUUCUUCGCAAAAUUUGAUGCAUUCGUUUGCGGUAACAACUCAUCUGUAACAAAAGGGAGCGUUCUUCGGGUAAUUAUGUCUGUUUAUGAUCCCCUUGGCUUAAUUGGGUUUUUUAUGAUUCAAGCAAAAAUCAUAAUGCAAAAUAUUUGGCGAUCUGGUGUCACCUGGGAUGCACCUGUGCAAAAAGACGAGCACGAAGCAUGGCAGUCAUGGGUUCGAUUGUUACCACGAAUACACGACGUACGUAUACCACGCUGUUACCCCUUAGCCAGCUUUACUCACGACGUUCAGCUCCAUAUAUUCUGCGACGCGAGUAGUGUAGCGUAUGCGGCAGCUGCUUAUCUAAGAGCCACCGUCAGUGGUAAGGUGAAAUGUUGUUUAGUGGCCUCGAAGUCGCGAGUAGCGCCACUGAAACCAGUUUCUAUACCGCGGUUAGAACUGAUGGGUGCCAUUUUGGGCUUGCGACUCGCAAAAUUUAUUAGAAAUGAAUUAACCUUGCCUAUCAGCGAGGAGGUGUACUGGACCGAUUCAAAGAACGUUCUUCACUGGAUCCGAUCAGACAGUCGAAAGUUCAGUCAAUUUGUUGGCGUAAGAAUCGGAGAAAUUUUGGAGUCAUCUAGCAUCAAUAACUGGAGGUGGGUGCCUUCAGCCGACAACGUUGCAGACGACGCCACAAAGUUGAAGCAGUGGUCGAAGUUGGAUGGAGAAUUGCGUUGGUUCCAAGGUCCUCAAUUCUUGACUUUGUCUUCCUGGGAGUGGCCAGAGACGAUUUUAGUGAACUCUGCAGAACAUGAGUUAGUUCAUCACAUCGAGCUUAAUACAACACUUAGCUUCACAUCUUUUACGGAAGUUGUACCUCAUGUGUCGAGGUUCAGUAAGUGGGAGAAGCUGCGUGGUGCAACAAGAUACGCUUUGCGGUUCCUUCGGUUAGUAAGCAGGAGACCAGCUAAAUCAGAGUUCGUUCAGAUGAUGUUGCAGGACACCACAGUAAACAGCGCCGAAAUUUUAAUUGUUCUUAUGUGCCAGAGUGAGACCAACUGCGUUGUUAAUAAUAAAGUUGGAAAUGGAUUUGCUGAUUAUGAUGAUUGUGGUGGUGGUAGUGUGGAUGUUGAACGUGAUGUUGGUAUAAAAAUUGCUACUGGCAACUUUGAUGCUUGCAAAAAAAGCUGA